AUUUUGACAGUGACAGAGCAAAACCAAAAAUCCAAAGCUAAACCGAUCGUGUUGUGUAACUAGUUUUGUUGAAAUAUCUUAGCUCCACCCAAAAUGCUGAGCUACAAAUACUAUGACUCUCCAGAAGGCCAAGAUAUUUUCAAGAAGACCUUUGUCACUUCAAAGUAUGCAGCUAUUACUGGCCUCACAGCAGCUUCAUUCGACGUGCUUAUGUACUCUCACCCCAAAGGUUUCGUCAAUACUAUUGGCCGAUAUGCUUGGUUUAUCGGCCCCAUGGUCGGAAUGGCAGCAGCGUUUACGGUGACUACGAAUGUGGCCCAAAAUAUCAGAGGGAAGAACGAUAAAAUCAAUUAUUUCCUAGGCGGAGUAGCUGCUGGAUCAGUAUUUGGAGCCUGGCAACGAAAUGCAACUGUAGCUGUGCCUCUAAGUGUGCUCCUGGGCGUCGCAGCUGUCAUUAAGAAAACUGGUGUUGAUGAAGGCUGGACUUUCUUCCCUGAGAUUAGUCAUGCCACCAAGACCAUUCAAUCUGUAAGACACGAUUGGACACUAGUCAAGGAUUUGGAAGAAUAUAAAAACUUUACGACUGGUCCAAAUUAAACUGGAAAAUUUAGCAGAAUGGUAGUGUAAAUAAGAACAAUUUGUAAUUAAUUUUAUUUAAGUGUUACAAUAAAACAGAUGCUUGAAA